AUGGCCAAAGCAGAUGAUGGCAGAAUGAUCAAAGAUGAAGGACGUGUUGACGGCCAGCUGCCACAAUCACAGGUGGUCAGAGUGAAGAAACAACGAACAAGGCCGCGUCGAAGUUGGUCGAGAUGGGCUGUGAGCAAUUUGGCCAGAAUAGCAGCGUGGUACACGAUUAUCACUGUUAUGUUUCGAUGUCCUUCCGACUCUCAAUCACUUGCUGCGACAAGUCCAGCGAUAUGUCGGCCAUAUCUCAGCACUAAAUCCCUCCUCGAUCCCUUUGUGGGUCCCUACUACGAUACAUACGCAAGUCCCUACGUCGAGAAGGCUAGACCUUAUGUCGACACAGUCAAUACUCGUGUCAUAAGGCCGGCGACAGUCCUAGCCAUCAAUAAUUAUAACAAAUAUGCUGCUCCUCAAGUGUCAAAGGCUCAGGAGUAUACCUGGUCUGAGUGGGAGAAGAGAGGCCUUCCUCAGUUCCAAAAGGCUCAGAACGCCGCCCAGCAGAUAUACAACGAAAAUCUAGCUCCUCAUGUUGAUAAAGCCUCGGAAGUCACAAGUCCUUAUUAUAAGGCCGCAAAAGAAAAUGCUUUCAAUGUUCACGAGAACCAUAUCAUGCCUGCCAUAGCCUACUCGCAUCCACAUCUCCGAAAAAUAGGAACCACUACUCAGAAGUUCCUGGUAGAAAAGGCCCUGCCAGGUAUCCAAUACGCCUGGACAAAUCUAGUGAUCCUGAUCGAUGGCACCAUAUGGCCUUUCGUCAAGGGACUUUACGCUCACAAUGUAAGGCCUCAACUGGUCAUGAUUGGUGAGAGGAUUGCAAAAUAUCAGGAAGGUCGCAAGAUGCACUCCGCUAUGGAACAGGUCGAUCAGUCUAUGACAACCUCCCUUCCACCUGACACCGUUCUUCCUCGGGAUGUAUCGAGCACUGUCGAAACGACUUCUUCCACAAUAACCACUUCAAGCACAGAGACUUCCUCUUCAACUUCGGCACGUGUUGCAGCGACCGAGAAACCACAAAUUGCAACCGACGAGACCAUUACAGAAGACCUCGUCAAAUGGCAAAAGAAGUUUGCUGUCGCAGCAGACAAAGGCACCGACGAUCUGAAGGAGCGCAUCCAGGACAUCAUCACUAGCAUGACAGAGAGUGGAAUAUCAGAAGGUCAAGGCCUCGCCACUGCUCUUGAAAAGACAAGUGAGUUUGAGAUAGCAUCCAUCAAAGCAAAGAUCAACAACGUUGUAUCGCAUCUUCCGGUUGAUGCUGACGCUGCCGCCUAUACCGCGGCUGAGGACGAGAUCUUAAACACCAUCCGCGCUUCCGGCGCUCAGAUCAAGACAAGGGCAAAGAACGUUCGUGCCUGGUCUGGCACUUUCAAGCAAGACUUGCGACAAAGGGUUGAGCUUACCAUCGAUUCGACAUUGCAAGUGCUCGAUGACAUCCGAGAUCUUGGCCUUCAAGAGAUCGGCAUGCGUUGGGCUUGGAUGGAAGGUGUUACUUACAAGCACUGGCAGAAAUAUCAUGAUCUGAAGAAAAAGUUUGCAGACUGGCGUUCAGAAGUCAGGCAGACUGCUCUUUCUCAACCUGCUCUCAGUGAUGCUCAUGAACAAGCUGACAAGCUACUCGACGAGAGUAUGGCCGUUACUGAGGACGCUGCUAGAGAGCUCGUUCGAUUGAGGGAUGUCACUAAAUGGAAACUCGCGGCGCGUGACGCUACAGAUGAUUUCGAUUCACGAGCCAUUCCAUCUCUUACUGCGGCAGUGUCAGCAGCGUCAUCUGUGGCAGGCAGCAUAAAAGAGGCUCUUGUUGGGAGCAGUCAAGGCACGGUUGAGUCACUCGCUUCAGCUGUUAGUGGUCCAGGCUCAGGAAUGGCGUCAAGCGUGUCCUCGGCCGCAUCAGACCUGUCAGAAAGUGCCUCUUCAGCUGUGCUUGGCUCAACAGGCACAAUGGAGUCUCUGUCGUCCAAAGUCUCGUCUUCUGCCUCUGAUCUUGCAAAGAACGCACGCUCAUCCGCUUCUUCUGCCGCUGUUGGCACCAGCACAGGAUCAGCCAAAUCACUUGCUUCCACGCUAUCGGAGCAAUACAGUCAUGCUACUGGUAGUGUCUAUUCGAUGGCAUCUUCGGCAACAGCGGGGCCGUCCAACGGCGCAAUGUCCUCGGCAAGCUCGAUUGCUGAUUCAAUCUCUCUGUCGGCAUCAUCUGCUGUGGCUAGUGCGUCCGCGUCUGCCAAACUGAAGAAAGCUGUCGACGACGCAGGCCAGAAGGUGGCCGACUUUACCUCUUCCUUGACAGGCGGGUCCUGA